AUGGUUUCCUCAGCUUGGGUGUGGGGUGUUGCAGCUUCGGCAGCCAUUGUCCAUGCUGCAACCCUUGAUGAUGUCUGCACAACUGCCUAUGUACAGGCCGCCCUUCCCUUGGAUGUUCUUACUGGAAUCACUAUCGAUUCCUCAUCCGUCGUUGUCAGUGCGACGAAGAACUAUUCUUCCUCCAGUGGUGACUUCUUCGGCGCUGCUACUUUCGACUACUGCGGUGUCCAGCUUGCCUAUUCGCACGAUGGCAUUGACGAUGACCAGGUUCUGUUGAUGUUCUGGCUCCCCGCCCCAGACAAGUUCCAGAAUCGCUACCUCUCUACUGGUGGUGGCGGUAUGGCCAUCAACAGUGGUAAUUCAUCCUUGCCCGGUGGAGUCAUGUACGGUGCCGUCGCGGGAGCCACAGACGGCGGAUUUGGCAGCUUUGACCUGGAUGAAGAUGAUGUUUUCCUCGCAGCCAAUGGAACAAUUGACUACGAGGCUCUGUACAUGUUUGGAUACAAGGCUCAUCACGAGAUGUCCGUUAUUGGAAAGCAGUUUACUCGCAACUUCUUCGAUAUGGCCGAGAGCAAGAAGCUGUAUGCCUACUACCAGGCUUGCUCGGAGGGUGGUCGUGAGGGAUGGAGUCAAAUCCAGCGUUACGAUGACUGGGAUGGUGCCGUUGUCGGUGCUCCCGCUUUCCGAUACGCCUUCCAACAAGUUCAGCACCUCUGGUCUGACAUGGCUAUGAAGAACGAGGAUUACUACCCUCCCCCUAUCCACUAUGAUCUUGACAAGACUAUUGGAGAGGAAUAUUACUGCGCCGCUACAAGUGGCUCUGGCUAUGGAAAGAGAGCUACCACACCUGCUCAGAGUGGCAAGGUUUCCGCCAAGGGUGUGGCAGUGGCCAAGGCCAUUAUCGGUGGUAUGAAGGACAGCAACGGCAAGCAAGUCUAUCUUUCUUACCAACCAUCCGCAACCUGGUCUGAUGCGGGAACUACUUACAACUCCACCACUGAUUCCUGGGAGCUGAGUGUCAGCGGCAUCGGUGCAGAUUGGGUUGACCGUUACCUGGACCUGAUUGAUAGCGAAUCAUUGUCUCUUGAUGGUGUCACCGAGGAUACGCUGAAGACCUGGAUCUACGAAGGAUGGCAACGAUACGAUAGUGUUCUGCAGACCACCUGGCCCGAUCUCUCAACCUACCACGGUGCCGGAGGUAAGAUUCUCCACGUCCACGGAGAGUCCGACUUCAGUGUUCCUGCCGCGUCAUCCGUGCGCUACUGGGAGUCUGUCCGCAGUGUCAUGUAUCCCGAUUUGUCCUACACCGCGAGCGCUGCCAAGCUCAAUGAGUGGUACCGCUUGUAUCUGAUUCCUGGUGCUGGUCACUGCUCUCCGAGCACGGAUCAGACGAAUGGUCCUUUCCCACAGACUACCCUCCAGGUGCUCAUCAACUGGGUUGAGAAGGAUGUCACCCCGUCUACUCUGCCUGCUACUGUUCUGCAGGGCUCGGAGGAGGGUAAGAGCUGGGAGCUUUGUGCCUGGCCUCUUCGUCCUUUGUGGACAAAUAAGGGCACCAAGUUCGAAUGUGUCUAUGAUCAGGCUUCGAUUGAUACUUGGCACUGGGAUUUGAAUGCUUGGAGCCUCCCUGUUUACUAG